CGACAAAGAUGCCCGUUGACUUGCCAUCACCAAUUGAUUCACAAAUCGUUAUUGAAACAUACACUGACUCUACAGGAACUGAGUGUCAGAAGAGGUACAGGAAAGGAAAUUUUUUGGGAAAAGGAGGUUUCGCUAAAUGCUAUGAGCUCACUGAUCUUGAAAGUAACAUUAAAUAUGCUGCAAAAUGGAUCACUAAGGCUUCACUCAGCAAACCUCGUGCCAAGCAGAAGCUUAAGAGUGAGAUUCAGAUCCAUAGGUCAUUAGAACACCAACAUGUGGUUAAGUUCCACCAUCACUUUGAAGACAAGUAUAAUAUAUACAUUCUCUUAGAAAUUUGCAAAUAAUAAAAGUCUCAAUGAUUUAGUCAAAAGGAGGAAAAGAUUAAAGGAAGUUGAAGCGAAGUGAUAUAUAGCUCAGAUAAUCUCAGGCAUGAAAUAUAUGAACAACAGAAAUGUUAUACACAGAGAUUUAAAACUAGGAAAUCUCUUUUUAAAUGAGAAAAUGGAAGUUAAAAUUGGAGAUUUCGGCCUUGCAGCCAAAGUAGUAUUUGAUGGGGAGAAGAAACGCACUAUCUGAGGUACCCCUAACUAUAUCGCCCCUGAAGUCCUAAGCUCAAGAGUGGGACACUCUUAUGAAGUUGAUUUAUGGUCACUUGGAGUCAUCACGUUUACAAUGCUUUUUGGUAGGCCUCCUUUUGAGACAAGAGACGUAAAAUUAACAUAUCGAAAAAUCAAGAGCAAUAAUUAUUCAUUCCCAAGCCAUGUGAUUGUAAGUGACGAAAGUAAAGAUUUCAUCAAAUCUUUAUUAAAAACUGAUCCCAAGAGUAGGCUAGGUUUGGAUAAAAUAAUGGAUCAUGAAUUUUUGCAAAACUAUCCAGAGCUGCUCCCAGCUUCAACGCUUUCUUGCCCUCCAUCAAGAUCAUACAUAUCCCAGUUUGUAUGUAGUGGAGACACUGCGCCUAAGCCAGGGAAUUCUCCAUGUAAAGCUCCGAAUGCCAAAGAUAUUGCAACCUUCGAAUGAGAUCUCGCUGAUAACGAGGAUGCCCAAAUUAUGAGUAAUAGACAAGCAUCUCUACAAUCUCACAGAAGGAUGGAGAGCCAAGACCGAUUCAUCAAAACUAGCCGACCCAAAGAAGCAAUGAGCAACGAGAGAGAUUAUGUCCUUAAGACAGAGAGAGGGUUGAUAAAACGAAACUUCCAGUUAGAAACUCCUUCUAAGAAAAGCCCAGCUAGAAAUGCCAAUUAUUGAAAAAUUAACUUGACCAAAGGAGAAAACAGUCAAGAUAAAGUUUCUACUAAAAAUAAUCUGGCAAGAAGAAAAUCUGGGUAUCUGGAAGGGUCUCCUUGAAGCAAGAACUAUAAAACAGAAAGAGGUGAGAAACUUCAUGAAAGUGGUUCUAAGAAAACUAAAUCAUCAAUAUCGAUCCAAAAAGCAUCAAGACUUGGUCCAGAAGCAUGUGGAAAAAUACUGAUCGCAAAAUGGAUCGAUUACUCAAGCAAGUACGGAGUAGGGUACAAACUAUCUAGUGGAGUUUAUGGUGUUCUGUUCAAUGACUCCACCAAAAUCGUUCUUUCAAAAGAUGAAUACCAGUUUUACUAUCUCAAAAGAGAGAUUAGCUCCAAGAACAUCGACGAUAGCUACAUUCCUGUAUACAAUUUCAGCUCUUACCCAGACGAAUUGAAGAAGAAGGUUAUCCUGACUCAGCAUUUCAUUAGCUAUUUAUUAGGUCAAAAAUUUAUCCCAGCAUCCUCAAAGCCUGCAAACUUUGAGGAAGAUUUCGGCUACACCUCUGAUCAUGUAUUUUUAAAAUAAAAUCUCUCUUGAAAACAAAGCUAUACUAUUCAGACUGAACAACAAAAUGAUCCAAAUAAUCUUCUUAGACAAGAGUGAGUUAAUCUCAGGAUCUGACAACGGCCACGUGACCUUCAUCACCUCCAAAGGAGAGGUCAAGAAGACCACGGUCCUCAGUGACAUGAAGGGGUUCGCCUCUCUCGAAAGCACUGAUCCUUCCCUCUUCAAACGACUCAAUUACGCCAAAGGAAUGCUGAUGAACCUGAUCCACCCUAAGAAGCCAGAGGGGGCAAAGACUGCUAAAGCUAGAGAGAAGAUUUUCUUAAGGUCUGAAACUAAGGAAAACAAACUGAUGUUCUCUCGUAAAUAACUCUAGGUAUAAAAACUCAGAGAAUAAUUCAUCAGAGAGAUGAAUCGACUUUUACUCAAAUCAAAACUAUGAUUCUAGGCCAAGAGACAGCUCAAAUCGGGAUGAAAAAUAUGACAAAAUAGGCAAAAUUGUAAGAGGAGCAGCAGACGAAAUCAGGAAGAAGCUGUCAUCCUACAACACUUACGAUCACACUAAAUCAGACCACAGACGACUGUCUUAUAAGAAAAGCUUGAAAAGUGAAGAGAAAGAGCCUAAUGGCUUAGGCAGAUCUCCUAACGGUAAACGAAUUGUUAGUAUACCAAGAGCAAAUUUCGCAUUAAACACACAGAGAACUUCUGAUCGAAAGGUCAGGCCUAACAGUAGGUAUCAACAGAAAGGAGGGCUAUUACCUUCGAAGACACCUAAGAUUGACUUUAAAUUGUCUCAAAAUAAUUCCAGAUAUGGGAGAGAUGACUCCCAGAAAGGAUAUCACAGCAAUAGAGGUCAUAGCGGGACUGAUUACAGGUCAUUCAAAAGAGAACAAAGGCUAGAUACUAAGUGCGGUACAAACCGGGUAUUAUCUGGUGCUGGAUAUUACAAUUCCAGGAGAUAGCCUCUUGUAAAAUUCGUAGUUUAACAUACUUUUCUAAACAAUAUUUUUAGAU